AUGCCGGCCUCCAAACAGACCCCGGCCGCUCCUACGCCGGCAUCGCCUCGCAACAGCACCUCAAAGUACACCAACAAGGAUGGCUCCAAGUUCAUCACCGUUCCCAAGGGCGCCUCGCCCUCGGACUCGUCCCUGCCCUCGACCCCGACCCGGGCAAACCACCAUCCGUCCGCCCCGUCUCCGCCCCCGCCGCCGCCUCCCGUCGACGCUGCAGCCCCGGCCGUGAAUCGCAAGAAGCAGAAGCGCCGCCAAAAGGCCGCCGCGAAGGCCGCCGCCGAGCAGGCGGCCAAUGGCCACCCGAACCCCGCACCGCCAGCUCAUCACUCGUCUGAUGCUCCCGCCGCCGACGAGCAAGACACCGUCCCUAGCGAGGACGAGGUCGAUUAUGCUGCCCCUGCUGACUCCUCCUACCCGACGACCAACGGCAACUCCGCGCCCGCCGGCAAGUCCAAGAAGAAUAAGAAGAAAAAGAAGAAGCAGAAUGCCGCCGAGUCGCCCUUGCCCACAGCUCUGGAACCCAGGCACAGUCAGCCUGUCGCCACGCGCGGGCCUGGCAUGUCCCGAGACAAGAUAUGGAGCACGAGCAACCACGAGGAGCGGGAGCGGAUCAAGGAGUUUUGGCUCGGCCUCGGCGAGGACGAGCGUAAGUCUCUCGUUAAGGUCGAGAAGGACGCAGUCCUCAAGAAGAUGAAGGAGCAGCAAAAGCACACCUGCAGCUGCACUGUUUGCGGUCGUAAGAGAACCGCAAUCGAGGAGGAGCUGGAGGGCCUUUACGAUGCCUACUACCUCGAACUCGAGCAGUUCGCCAACCAAGGCGAAGGGCCGCCGUUGAUGGCCUCAACCACUCACGACUUUCCCCUCCAAGCCUCGCGCCGCCUCCCCUCUGGAUAUGCGGCCCAGCAGCCACCGUCACGCGGUAGAAUAGUCGAGCACGUGGGCGACGACGACGAGGAUGAGCUCGAGGAGGUCUAUAGCGAGGACGAAGUCGAGGACGACGAGUACAGCGACGACGAACCCCCCGAAGAGUACCACAACACGCACGAACGAGACGUAGCCGAUUUCUUGACGUUUGGGAACAGCCUGCAGGUCAAGGGCGGCAUUCUCACCGUGGCGGAUGACCUCCUCAAGAACGACGGCAAGCGCUUCAUCGAGAUGAUGGAGCAGCUCGCCGAGCGUCGAAUGGCGCGAGAGGAAGACGCCCGCGAGCACUUCUCCCGCGCCUACGGUCAUCCCAACGGCUCAUACUCCAAUCCUCAUAGUCACCCGCCCCCGGAAGAAGACGAGUACGAAGACGAAGAGGACGAGGAAGACGACUAUGAGGAUAGCCAAGACGAGGAGUAUGAGGACGAAGAGGACCCCAUGACCGAAGAACAACGCAUGGAAGAGGGACGCAGGAUGUUCCAAAUCUUUGCGGCCCGCAUGUUUGAACAGCGCGUGCUGUCCGCUUACAAGGAAAAGGUGGCCAAGGAGCGCCAACAGAAGCUGCUGGAGGAACUCGAGGAGGAGAGCCGCCAGGUCGAGGACCAAAAGGCCAAGAAAGCCAAGAACGCCCAGAAGAAGAAGGACAAGGCUGCCCAGAAGAAGCAGGCCCUCGCCGAGGAGAAGGCACGCAAGGAGGCCGAGAAGGCCGCCGAGGAGGCCGCGCGACUCGAGGCCGAGCAGAAGAAGCUGGCCGAGCAGAAGCAAAAGGCCGAAGAGCGGCGCAAGCAGAAGGAGGCCCAACGCAAGGCAGAAGAGGAUGCGCGGCUGAAGAAGGAGGCCGAACGGCAACGGCGAAUUCACGAGCAGCGAGAGAAGCAGGCCGAGCAGGAGCGCAAGGCCCGCGAGGCCAAGGAUCGCGAGAAGCGGCUCAAGGAGGAGCAGCGCCUGAAGGACAAGGAGGCCCGAGAACAGCGGGAGCGCGAGGCGCAAGAGCGGAAGGAGAAACAAGAUCGCGACAAGCGGGAAAAGGAGGCACGUGCGGCAAAGGCACAGAGGGAAGCUCAAGAGGCGACCGAAGCCAAGGAGAAGGCGAGGGACGAGAAGGCGCACAAGCCACAGUCGACAAAGCGCGGGCAGCAACAUGCCGCCCCGGUCCCGGCCGCCCUCCCUCAGCUUCCCACCAACCCGACGAGCUUUGCUUCUCCCAAGAUCCCCGUGGCCACUCCGGCCAUCCCCAAGGCCCCGACCCCGAUCCGGCCGCGGACCCUGUCGCAGCAGGCGGAGCCGGCACCACAAAACUCGGCGGCAACCCAGGCCGCCCCUGGACCGAGUCAGAACCAGUCUCCUCACUCGCUCACACCGGUCCACGCCAGCCCCGGGCCCAUCGGGCAGGAACGAAAAGCAAGCGGGGGCAGCGCCAUCGCCAUGCAGCACUCUGCGCAGCCCAUGUCGCCGCAGAGCUCGCAGUCUCGGCCUCCAAGUCACACUCCGCCGUUCCAGGUCCCCCCGAUGGGAAUGCAGCCGCCUCCGGGCCUGGCGCACCAACGGCCCCCCGGAUUCUCCAGCCCCAUGGGACACGAACCCAUGUUUCCACUGCCGUAUCGCUCCAGCCCCAACAUGAUGGGGCCGCCGCCCGGCAUCAACGGCCCAGCGGGUCGCGGAUUUCCUCCCAUGACCGCGCCGCCCCCUGGAUUCCCUCUUGGUGCCAACGACCAGUACUCGAUGGGACACGGAUUCCCGAUGCCCAAGGACGUGCCGCCGCCGACCCACACGCGACACGGCUCGACGGGUUACGACGGCAUGGCUCCGCCGUCGCAGCCCAUAGGACGGCCGGCCCCGAUAGGUAGACCGGGCAGUGUGAACCACGGGCUGGCACAGGACGAAGACGAAGACGCCAAGCAGCACCUCGGCAGCCGCGCGCUGCUGGGCGACGAUGAGCCCUUGCCCUCGUCUGAAAUCAACCUCGGCAGCAUGCGCCAUCAGCUACCGGGCCUCCGCGGCUUCGCCUCCAACUCGUUUGUCGAUUCCGGGUUCCCCAUCGCGCACAGCCCCUGGGGUCCUCCCUCGGGAGCGGCGCAGCCAUUCCCACCCCCAGGUUUUGGGAACACGACGUGGGGCUCACCAACGGUACCUCACGGGUUCAACGUCGGAUCUCCUGCCGGGCUCGGCGCCAUCCGCCCGGCCCAGUCGCGUCAUGCGGCUCUACGAUUGAUGCUUUGCCAGGCCUGCCAGGCGCUGAGCAGCACGAGCAGUGCCGACGGGGAUGGCUUCGUCGACGUAGGCACGUUAAAGUCGCAGAUCGAGUCGCAAUCGGGCGACGCCAGCAUCAUGGAGCAGGAGCUGCUAAAUCUAUGCGACACCGAAGGCAACAGCUCGAACGGCGGCGGAACGUUCGACACGCGGCGAGACACGGGCGGCCAUGGAAAGCACGCGAUCCGUUGGGUGCCGGACCUCAACGACGGGCUGAACGCACCUCACCGCGCGGACAUGCCCAACAUGUCGGGCCAGAGCGACAGCCCAACGAAGCGCUCGAACCUGCUGGAGAGGAUCGGUAUAGUGCCGCCGAACGCUCAGCCGGCGCGGCCUUUGAACCGCACCUCGGCGAGCGUCGACUUGCGCAGGGAGGCGCUGGCGGCUACCAGCCGGCAGAACGGCGUCGGCGGCACCAAGACGAACAACGACAGAGGCUCGGGCAAGGUCGAUACGUGGGAGGGCUUCUACGAGCCAGCCCGCGGCGCCGGAAGCGGCAGCCCACGCAGGUGGCGUAGCAAUUACUGA